AUGUUCUCUUUCCGGCCAGGGUUGAGGCUUGCCGGUCGAGCAACUCGCUCGACAGUCCGAUCAGGCAGCCAAUUCCAGCAACUUCCGCCCUUCCAACCACGCCGAUCAAUCUACCAGCGUCCACGGUACACACGAUUCAAUAACAGAAGGGGCGGUCAGUGGAGCAAUGAUCAGGAACAAUGGGGCAGCUUUGGUCCUCUGUACCGGGCUCAAUAUAUUUGGAGAUCGUACCAGAAACCCAUCGUCUUUGUCGGCGCAGGAGGGACACUGUUCUACGUCUAUAACCUCGAAGAGGUUCCCAUUACGCACCGUCGACGAUUCAAUAUACUAUCGCCAGAGACAGAAAAGCAAUUAAGCGAAGGAGCAUACCAGUCGACUCUCCAAGAGUACAAUGGAAGGAUCCUUUCAUCGAACCAUCCGUUGACCAAGCAGGUGGCGCGCGUUGUCGAAAGAAUCCUCCCCGCAACUGGUGGUCUGGCCGGCGACGACUGGCGAGUGCACGUUAUCGACGAUCCGCAGAUGAAGAACGCCUUUGUCAUCCCCGGAGGAAAAGUCUUCGUCUUCACAGGGAUCCUCCCGAUCUGCAAGACUGAAGCAGGGCUCGCCACCGUGUUAGGUCAUGAGAUCGCCCAUAACGUUGCCCACCACAUGGCAGAAAGGCUGUCCAGGUCUAGCCUUACUCUCCUUGCUUCCCUCCUCUUCGCUCUGCUUUUCCAGGUCGACACUCGAAUCUCGAACUCGGCCGUCGACUUGCUUCUCGAACUGCCGAAUUCGAGAACACAGGAGACCGAAGCGGAUCACAUCGGGUUGCUCUUGAUGGCGGAGGCCUGCUAUGACCCUCGAGAAGCUGUCGCCUUUUGGGAACGGAUGAAGGCAUCAGAGCGAUAUGCACCACCACAACUCCUGUCUACGCACCCGAGCUCUUACAACCGUGUGGAUCAUAUUGAGAAAUGGCUACCAGACGCCCAGACCAUAUAUAUCGACAAGGGCUGUAGCGGCCUCAGGCAGUUUGCCACUGAUUUCAAGCAAACAAUGCGGUCGCAACAACCAAGGGGUGUCCAAGGACAAGGGAAGCAACCGUGGACGAGUAAAAGGGAUGACGAUGACGACGGCUUCUUGUGA